AUGCUCCAGUAUGCCCUCAUCCACCUCUUCGGCUACGAGGUCAGCAUCGACGACCUGAAGAAGUUCCGUCAGAUCGACAGCAUUACACCAGGUCACCCUGAGGCACAUGACACACCCGGCAUUGAAGUCACCACUGGUCCUCUUGGCCAAGGUUUCUCCAACGCCGUCGGUCUUGCCAUUGCCCAGGCCCACACUGCCGGCACAUUCAACAAGCCCGGCUUCGACUUGAUCAACAACCACACAUAUACCUUCUUCGGUGAUGGAUGUGCUAUGGAGGGUGUUGCUAGCGAGGCUGCGUCUAUGGCUGGUCACUUGCAGCUCGGCAAUCUGAUUGCCAUUUACGAUGACAACCACAUCUCCAUUGACGGCGACACCAAGUGCGCAUUCACCGAGGAUGUCACCAAGCGUUUUGAGGCUUACGGCUGGCACACCGAGUGGGUCAAGGACGGUGACAACGACCUUGAGGGCAUCGAGGCGGCCAUCAAGAAGUGCAAGGAGGUGAAGGACAAGCCUUCCAUGAUCCGUCUCACAACCACCAUCGGGUUCGGGUCCAAGCUCCAGGGCACCGGCGGUGUGCAUGGCAACCCAUUGAAGGAGGACGAUAUCAAGCAGGUCAAGGAGAAGUUCGGCUUCGACCCCAACCAGACUUUCGUUGUCCCACAAGAGGUGUACGACAUGUACCACAAGCACGCGUCCGAGGGCGCCGCCGCCGAGCAAGAGUGGGACCAGCUCUUGGAGAAGUACUGCGGUGAGCACAAGGAUCUAGGCGCAGACCUCAAGCGCCGUCUCACAGGCAAGCUUCCCGAGGGCUGGCAAAACAAGCUGCCCGUCUACAAGCCCACAGACAAGGCCAUCGCUUCCCGCAAGCUGUCAGAGUCCGUACUUGAGGCCAUCUACGAGGCUGUGCCAGAGCUGAUGUCUGGCUCCGCUGAUUUGACUGGCUCCAACAACACUCGCUGGAAGGCCGCCGUCGACUUCCAGCCCCCAAGCACUGGUAUCGGUGAGUGGAGCGGUCGCUACAUGCGCUUCGGUGUGCGCGAGCACGCCAUGGGCGCCGCCAUGAACGGCAUGGCCGCCUACGGCACCGUGAUCCCAGCUGGUGGUACCUUCUUGAACUUCGUCUCCUAUGCCGCCGGUGCCGUUCGUUUGUCCGCCUUGAGCCACCAGCGAGUCAUCUGGGUCGCUACCCACGACUCCAUUGGUCUGGGUGAGGACGGUCCUACGCAUCAGCCUAUCGAGACUCUGGCUCACUUCCGUGCUCUGCCCAACUGCAUGGUUUGGCGUCCGGCUGACGGCAAUGAGACUUCGGCUGCGUACUACAUUGCUCUUACAUCCACUCAGACCCCCUCCAUCAUCGCUCUCACCCGUCAGAACCUGCCGCAGCUCGAGGGCAGCACGAUCGGGAACGCCAUCAAGGGUGGUUACACGGCGAUCGAGAACAAGGAGGCACAGAUUACGCUCGUGUCUACUGGUUCGGAGGUGUCGAUCUGUUACGAGGCUGUCAAGUACUUGAAGGAUAACCACGGUGUUACCGCUCGUGUGGUUUCCAUGCCUUGUGUGGAGGUGUUUGAUACCCAGAGCAAGGAGUACAGGAUGUCUGUCAUUCCUGAUGGCAUCCCCGCGUUGUCCGUCGAGGUCAUGAGCACGCUUGGAUGGGAGAAGUACUCGCACGAGCAGUUUGGUCUCAACAGGUUUGGUGCUUCGGGUCCUUAUAAGGAGGUCUACAAGGUAUGCUGCUACGAGAAGCUGAAAAUGCAGAGGAGACCCGUUGCUAAUGUUCGUUUCCAGAAAUUCGAGUUCACCCCCGAGGGCAUCUCCAAGCGCGCCGUUGCCACCAUCGAGUUCUACAAGGACGUCAAGCCCCUUCGUUCGCCGCUCAACCGCGCUUUCGUGCAGCUCAUCUAG